UUUUUGGGUGUCACGGCCGAUUUAUUUUUUUGAAUGGGUACAGUACAACACUAAAAGUAACUCCAAUAUACUCGAACCUUCCCAACCACAACCUACCACACACACCUUUUCCCACUGUUUUCCACCCAAAAAUCUCUCUUCCCGAGAAGAAAAAAAAAUAAGAGAGAGUGUGAAAAAGAGAGAGAGCGCGCGCGAGAGAGAGAGCGAGAGUCAGAGUCAGAGUCAGAGUCAGAGUUUAGAGUCAGAGUUCAGAGAGAGAAGAGAAAAUCAUUCAACAAACAAAGCUCAAGAAGAGAGAAAAUAAGAAGAGAUUCGAUGCAAAUUAUUUUUGCUCGUAGCUCUUCUGAGCUUCCAUCCUAAGAAAAGAAGAAGAAGAAGAAGAAGACGACGACGACGACGACGACGACAAGAAGAAGUAGAAGAGAGGAAGAAGACGAAGAAGAAAGAGAGAAAGAAAGAAAGAAAGAAAGAAAAAAACACAAAACAUCAAAAAGUCUCAAUUCCAUUCAACUUUUCUUCAAGCAAAAGAUACCCAUACCCCAUUAUUAUUUUUGUACUACCACCAUUUCGAAUCCAAGUCACGACCAUUUCACUCUCAAACCACCAAACAAAUCACCAACCACCAAACUACCAAACUACCACACUUUCUUUGCAACACCAUACCACCACCAUACCACAACUAUACACACACCUUACCUCAUCUCACCUCACCUUACAUCACCUUAUACAAUACCAUAACCUCACAACACCACAUCAUAUCGCCCAGCAAAAGAUAUCUACAUCUACCUCGGUGUACAGACAACUUGUCACAAGAAAGUGUACAUCCUAUAUUCUAUUAAAGCUGUAUCCUUCAGCUUGCGGAGCAUCAAAGCUCACGUCUCACACCUCCUAUCACUAUGGCAUCACCAACUGAAGCAACGGUUCCCGCCAUACCACCAACUUCUUCUCUGGAACCCGUUACCGCUAAUCCAUCACUGGCUGAUUCUCCUUUAACAAAUGAUUCAUCAAGUACAUCUUCUUCAGAUGCAAAUGGAGGAAGCACACCAGCAAAUACAUCUGCGAGUCGUACGCCAUCAAUUAAGAGGCCGAAGCUCGGCACUAGAAAGUCUAGCGGCACUAUAAUAGUACCGCGUGAACACCCGCGCGUGGAACUAAAAGAAGGGGAUGAGGUCUUUGAUGAGGAUGACGCCAGAGCCAUGAGUCCAAGGAGGAACAGUGAAGAUUUAGAAAAGAUGAGUCAGGAUGCCAGAGCGCAGCUCAACGAGUAUGUUACCCUCCCUUCCUACUCAUGAAAACAUGUAACCCAAAUGACACAUCACACAAUGCUAACUCACCUCCUUUUUAAAGACACGCCAAACUCCUUCAACAAUCUCUCCUCGAAAUAUUCAAUCGAAUCGAAGCUGUCAAGGAAGAACACGAUAAACUCGAUAACAACAAUAAAUUCUUGCAAAAGUACAUCGGAGACUUAAUGUCCACGUCGAAGAUUACAUCAACUGGUGCUGGAGGCCGAAAGAAAUAGCCAUUAGCCGUGGAGACCAAGGAAAUAGAGGAGGUAUGUCGUAAAAGGAAAGCCGCACGGCAUCAGGUUUGGUCAGGUCGAAAAAAGAAUAAGCAUAGCAAAGAAGACCGAGAGGUAUAACAUGUGAUGCGCGGGACCAGGAAAAAGGCGAACCAAAUAUUGAUACCCCUCACAUACAUACGAUCACACACACAUACCGCUUCCAUUAACGACUCAUGAUUUUUCCCCAUUAAUGAUCAUUGCAAAGAGCUUGCAAAGAGAUCAUAAGGAACAUCACCACUUCCUCUUUACUACUUUACGACAUUCUCCACUCAUUUCCUGGUCUCCACACAAACCUACAGUUCUCACAUACAAAUAACACAGCUGGCUGUAUUAUCAGCAUCGGCAUCUUAACACAUCUUGCAACAACGACGACCAAGCGACUCAGAAGGGGACGAAGAUGAGCAGGCAUUACAAUGGCGUACUUUUUUCGGUUUUGGGUUUUCUGGUUCAAUUUAAUUCAUCGAACAUCCUGGAGCUUUAUUUCCGGAACCUCCAUUUUUGAUUACUCGGUUUGGGCACUUGCUUUCGUUUUUGGCAAAGGAGGGGGGGUAGGCUAUAUCAUGGCAUUAUUGGCAUGGCUUUGGCAUUCGAGCUUUUUCUUUUUGGCUUCUCUGAUGGCAUUGCAUUUGGAACUGGCUCUGGCAUUACUUUUCAUCAUUUAUCAUCAUCAGCGACAGGCGUUUAUUUUCUUUUUUUGAUUUCAAAUUCUUUCGCUCAACACUUGGUAUUCACACUUCGAAAAACACACACACAAAUCGCACAUAUCUUUUUACGGGAAAGCAAAGUCAUAGAUGCUUUUAUCUAUGGUCCUGUGGGCAAAUUCGCCAUAUAAGACGAUCUUAUACCAUACCCUUGGAGUAAAUAUUAGACUGGAAUGGAUGGGAUGGAAUGAUUGAAAUCGGGAGAAGGUGAAUAGGAGGCGGGGCUGAUAUUUAAAACAUUCAUACUGUUAUUUAUAUGCAGCUUGACAGUGGGAGGGAAGCAAAUAUGUUUUGAGGAGUAAAUGGUAUGGAUGGGGUUUGGGAAUGAUUUUGAGAUGGGGAGGUUGUUGGAGAAGGAAGAGGAGAAGGGGAAGAGAAAGUGUGUAUUAUAGAUGCAGUACAAUACAACACAACAAUACAAAUUUAUGGUUUAAUGCAACAGGAUAAGGGUGUGUGAGAUUGAGAUUGGAUGAGAUGAGGUGUAUAGGUGACUGUACUACAUGUUUGUAUACAAUGUUAUUGGGAAGUUGGUUACUUGAGUGAGGUGAAGGAAAUUACGGUGUAUGAU